GUGUCUGCUUCGUAUAUUGUCGUUUGCUCGGCAUCGUUCAUUCGGUUUUCAUCAUUUGGAGCGGUCGCUUUGUCCGCUGGAGUGUUCCUAAAAGAGUAGUACAACUUUCUAAAUUUCGGGAAGAAAGUGAAGCAAUACAAAACAGAAGUUUAGUUCCCUGCCGUACGUUACAUUAAGUCAAACACAAUGGGAAUCAAAUUCCUGGAAGUCAUCAAGCCCUUUUGCAGUAUACUGCCGGAAAUUGCAAAGCCCGAGCGCAAGAUUCAAUUCAGAGAAAAAGUACUAUGGACCGCCAUCACGUUGUUCAUUUUCCUGGUCUGCUGUCAGAUUCCAUUGUUCGGCAUCAUGAGCUCCGAUUCGGCGGAUCCCUUCUACUGGAUACGUGUGAUCCUCGCCUCGAAUCGUGGCACACUCAUGGAGUUGGGCAUCUCGCCCAUUGUCACAUCCGGUCUGAUUAUGCAGCUGUUGGCUGGCGCCAAGAUCAUUGAGGUCGGUGAUACGCCCAAGGAUCGUGCCCUGUUCAAUGGCGCUCAGAAACUGUUCGGCAUGGUCAUCACAAUUGGCCAGGCGAUCGUCUAUGUGAUGACCGGCAUGUACGGUGAUCCCUCAGAGAUUGGCGCCGGCGUCUGUCUGUUGAUCAUCAUUCAGCUGUUUGCCGCCGGUCUCAUUGUCCUGCUGCUCGACGAACUGCUCCAGAAGGGCUAUGGCCUCGGCUCGGGCAUCUCGCUGUUCAUUGCGACCAACAUCUGCGAGACGAUCGUGUGGAAGGCCUUCUCACCGACGACGGUGACAACGGGACGCGGCACAGAGUUCGAGGGCGCCGUCAUUGCACUGUUCCAUUUGAUGGCCACACGCAACGAUAAGGUGCGUGCUCUGCGCGAGGCGUUCUAUCGCCAGAAUCUGCCCAAUCUGAUGAAUCUGUUGGCGACCAUUCUCGUCUUUGCUGUCGUCAUCUAUUUCCAAGGCUUCCGCGUCGAUUUGCCCAUCAAGAGCGCCCGUUAUCGUGGCCAGUACAGCAGCUAUCCAAUCAAGCUGUUCUACACCUCCAACAUUCCCAUCAUUCUGCAAUCGGCUCUGGUCUCCAAUUUGUAUGUCAUCUCCCAGAUGUUGGCCGUUAAAUUCCAAGGCAAUUUCCUCAUCAAUUUGCUGGGUGUUUGGGCCGAUGUUGGUGGCGGUGGUCCCGCCCGCUCCUAUCCCAUUGGCGGGCUGUGCUAUUAUCUGUCGCCGCCGGAGAGCGUUGGCCACAUUCUCACCGAUCCUAUUCAUGCGCUGCUUUACAUCGUCUUCAUGCUCGGCUCCUGUGCGUUCUUCUCCAAGACAUGGAUCGAUGUCUCGGGCAGCUCAGCCAAGGAUGUUGCCAAGCAGCUGAAGGAACAGCACAUGGUGAUGCGCGGUCAUCGCGAGAACUCGAUGAUUCAUGAGCUGAAUCGUUAUAUUCCAACGGCCGCGGCAUUUGGUGGCCUGUGCAUUGGCGCAUUGUCCGUUAUGGCCGAUUUCCUGGGUGCCAUCGGCUCCGGCACGGGUAUCCUGCUCGCCGUCACGAUCAUCUAUCAAUACUUUGAGAUUUUCGUUAAGGAACAGUCCGAAAUGGGUGGCAUGGGCACGCUGCUGUUCUAAGCAGCCAAAAACACCAAAAUCAACACAAUCACAAUAACAGCAGUAAAGAAAAUCCUUCAUCAUACCUUUCUCACAUGUCAGCUCGCCACGCCUCCCCGCUCCCGCCCAUGGUUUACCAAGAGAAGAAAAAACUACUUCCAAACGAUAUCGCCUAAUUUGAAGGCAUUUUUUUUAAGGGGCUUACAAUUAUUGAUUUGUGUUUAAUGCGAAAAAGAACAUUAGUUUGAAUAGUUUUAUUAGUUUGUAUUCAAAAUGUGAGACUUUAUUGCUUAAGUUCAAUAUUUCACCGAAUUGAUUGAAUUUCAACGCAAUUAAUUAUUGUUUUAGCCGAGUGUGUAAUAUAAAAUAAUAGAACACGAAUGAUUACACGUGAAACUAUUAAACACGAUGAAUAAUAUAUGAUUACAUGAAAAACGAACAUUAACCAUGCAUACAAAUUGUCAUCAUAAUAAAACGUAAAUUAGAUUUUUUUAA